CCAAGCUACAGCACAAAGAGAAGAAUACUCUCCAGCCUCUUUCCUCCAUUGUUGAAGAAAGCUCAUCAAGGAAGAAUCACCCAAAAAGGAGCUAAAGUGCUAAAAGUGUGAAAUAAUUAAGGCACUUGUAAAGGGUAUUUCAAGUGAUUUCACAAAGUUGGAAAAGUCGCCGGAAUUGUCGCCGGAGUUGACCAAAAGUCGCCGGAGUUUCACCGGAGUUCAACCAAGAAGGGUAGAACUUCAUAACGCUAGUUCAAGGUUGAAGCUAGGGCUUGCUACCUACACCUUUCUACGGGUGACAUCAAAUCAAGGAAGACGUGAAAUGGAGGGUAGGCGAAUGGCAACAAGAAUUGACCCUAAGGGACAAGCGUCGGUAGCUUACCUUGAGGCUAGCCGGGCUGUGUCGCGAGCCUUUACGAGGAGAGGAAUAGGUCAUGGGGGCCGCGAGGGCCGCGAGGGUCGCCAAGCGGCAAGCGCUAGUCACGUGGGCUCGAUGUGUAACAUGAACACCAGGAGGAACGAACGUAGGCGUCAGGCUAGGCGAGAUCGGGCCACCUCCCAACGUGAUAUGACUGUCAGUCAAACCCAUCCUUGGGCAAACGACCAAGGAGGAGAAAGCACUUUUACGGCACCAGCAUCACCGGUGAAAAAGAAAAGGAACUCAAAGUUGCAUGCGUCCUUUCCUUACUCUUUAAGAUCAUCCAAAUGUUCGAAUUGCUCUAAGAAGCAUUUCGGAAAGUGCAUCGAGCCCCCGAUGUGCUACGAAUGUGGGAGCACAACCCAUAUGAAAUUAAGCUGCCCAUGGAGGAGACAACGAGAAACAUCGCAAGCCGAUGAAGGGCUCACCGUGGAAGGAAACCAUACGGGACCAACGACGAGCAACGCUAUGUUCGGCAACCAAUGUGGGACCCAAACACGAGUGUACGCAAUGACCGAGGCGGAUGCGCGAGCAAACCCGGACUCCGUUGCAGGUUGAAGCUAGGGCUUGCUACCUACACCUUUCUACGGGUGACAUCAAAUCAAGGAAGACGUGGUUCGUGCUUCCUCAUUUUAUUUCAAAGUACCAAACAUUGCUCAUGGAUAUUUUUAUUUGUUAUAAACCAUUUUUGGGCUUGCAUGCCCAUGUUAUUGGCCGGUUGUGGCUUAUGACUUACCAUUGAAUAUUUCCGCUAUUCAUUGGUUUAAAGGUGAUGUUGUUAUGUAUGUUUACUACUGAGUAUGGAUGGAUUAUUUUCUCGAAC